AUGGAUGAAGCCGAUUUCUCAGAAGAUACAACUUCUAAGCAACAGGAGGAUUUGCCUUAUGAUGGGGAUUUCUCUCAAGUUAAGAUAUACAGUGAUUCCAAUUUUACCUCAAAAAAUGAGUUCCUUUAUGUCUCAAAUCAAAUUAUUUUAACAAAAGAUGACCCUCAAGAAAAGGCUACAUACAAGGAGACUUGCAGAAAUGCAGACAUGGCCAUGACUCUGGACAAAAUGACUGAAGAUGCUGUCAACAAAAAUGAUGAAGAGAAACAAUGCACCAUAAAUCUUCCUAUUCUGGCUGAUAACAGAGACCCUGCAAAGUCAAAGAUUUCUGGUAUGUUACUCCAUCAUCUUUCUAAAGAGGAAUUCUUAAAAGGUCAAGGCAUUGAUUGUGAAACUCUCCCAGAGAUCUCUAAUGCUGACAGUUUUGAUGAAGUUAUUCUUAAAAAUAUUAUUUUGCAGUAUGUUAAGAAUUCUUGGCCAAAAGAACAAACUCCAGAACUCACUGACCAGCUCAACCCCCAAAGGGAUGGUGAAAACAGCAAUAAGCCCAGUUGUUCUCCAACUACAACAGAAGAAAACACCUCUGAUUUAGAAGAGCUGUCUGGAGACAGCAACCAUCAAGAAAAUUCAAAUUUUCUAACUAAAAUCAAGAGUCCAAGUGAUAAACAAAAAAGUUGCCACGGGCAGACAUCCCAGAAACAGCAGCCUGAAAAAGCAAGUUCAGGCAGUGGGUUCAAACGUGGCCAAAGUCUAGUUCAUUACCUGCUCUCUGAUUUCUCUAAGGUUGCUCUCAAAGUAAAAAUCCCUAAAAAUAGCAUAACUGAUAAACCACUUACAAUAGAUAAACAAGCCAACUUUUCUCCUACAUGGAGAUAUAAAUCAGCUAUUGUGCAAGAUAUUUUAGAAAACAUGUCUAGGUCAAAUUGUGUUGAAAAACAAGAGCAGAAAAUGAAAACUACUAAAGUUUCACAACAGAUAGAGAUGGAGCCCACAAUACAUGUCCACCAAGAACAUUUCACAGGACUGGAAUCUGAGACAAGUCUCUUGAAGUUGUCAUCAACCUCUCAGAAAGACCCUUCCUCAAGUUCUUCUUACAUAUUUCAAAAGAUAUCCCAAGGGAAACAGAUGUGUCAGAAGUUAAAAGAACAGACUGAUCAACUGAAGACUAAAGUACAAGAAUUUUCCAAAAGCAUAGCACAGGAUUCUCCCUAUCAUUUGCAAGACAGGAGGCUGGUCCUGGAGAACCUGCAGGGCCAUCUUGAACUGCUGGAGCAGGAGUUUCUGGCCAAGAAAGAGAAGCAUCUGACUUUGAAGCAGCAAGUCCACAAGCAUGAACCCCGAGUUGUCGGUGACUUUGAUCCAGACAGAAAAGUGGAAGGUGAAAUCUUCAAGUUGGAGAUGCUACUUGAAGAUGUUAAAGAGAAAAUUGAUAAAGGCAAAUACACUUUGGCUCUCUAUCUUCCCAUGAGCUCUCCAAUCAUCCAAUCAUCCCAUGAGUUGGCAUCCGCAUCCUCUCCAUCUUCAAAUGAGGAGGACCCCAGCAACGCCUCGGGAAGGCAGGAAUGUGCCGAGAUAACCAGUCCAAGCUGUGCCUUCUGCCGCCGGGUCCUUGAAUGGAAGCAAAAAAUGGAGAAAAACAGCCACAGAAGGAUCAACUGUGGAAGGUUUCCCAGCGCCGUUCAAGAAAAGGCACUGCACCCAGAUUCAGUUCUCUGUUCUGAUGCAGGACACAGCUGCUAUUCUGCUUCUGCCACUGGAGCGCAGAGUAACAAAUGUGAGGCCUGCGGCACUAAGAGUUGUGACUCCGGAAGAGUCUGCGGCAAAGAACCACCUAAAGAAUUUCAUUAUAGACACAACACCCCAGGACAGAAUUACUUGAAUCAUAGUGAAAGAAGUGCCUUUGUCCUGCUCUGCUUUUUAAAUGAAAAUAAAAUUUCUUCACUUUCUUGUUCAAAACCAAACUGGAUCUGUUCCCAGAGAGUGAGUUCAAAAUCUUCUCAAGACGAACAUGAGCCCAUAGCAAGAAAAAAAAAUCUUAAGGUUUCCAGGACCUACAGUUCAGACUUUGCUACACCCUCGCCCCAUUUCCACUCCUGCAGGAUUUCUGGCAGCAAAUCCUCAAGCAACUUUAGCAGUAUUGAAGAAAUGGAAUCUGAGAUUUUAAACUCAUCUUUGGAUCAUGCCCUAAGGACAGCAACCAUUUUGAAAGAAACUACUGAUCAAAUGAUUAGAACUAUUGCAGCAGAUCUUGCCAAAAUACAGAGAUGGAGGAAUCAACUGAAAUACUAGUUUGACCUAAGGCA